CUGUUACCUGUAGGUAGGUUAGAAAAACAACCGGAAGUCGGAAUAGUUUGUUUCGAUGUAAAACUAAGCUGUAUUCUGUAUUAAGAUACUAUAAGCACGAUGUCUCUAGAAGAGCAAUUUAUCUCAUUAGGUUUAAGUCAACAAAAAGCGAGAGAAACAUUAAAAAAUGCCAAUGUAACCAUGUUUCUUAUGCAGGCACUUAGUGAGGUUGAAGUAGGUAAACUUCCGCCUGGAGGUGGUAUGCUGUUGUACCAUCUGGCUACUAAAAUUAAAGCCCAAACUGUUGGUAAAAUGAAUGUCAUUUGUAAAUAUAUUGCCAAUGGUAAAAUCGAUUCAACAUUGAGAGUGGAUGCUGCAUUAGAAUAUCUGCUAGAACAUGUGAAUGAAGAGCAAAUAAAUUAUCCAGAAUUUGAACAGUUUUGUGGAGUUGGUGUUAUAGUUACCCCCGAGCAAGUUGAACAAGCAGUUGAGAAACAUAUGGCGAAGUAUAAAAGUGAAUUACUUGAGAAAAGGUACAGAUUUAACAGUGGAAUUAUAAUGCAAGCUGUAAGAGGUGACCUAAAGUGGGCUGAUGGUAAAGCUAUUAAAAAUGAAGUUGAUGUUCAGAUUUUAGAUUUGUUGGGACCCAAAACAGAAGCUGAUCUGGCUCCCAUGCCAAAGCCUGAAAAGAAGGCUAAGACUAACAAUGAAAGUAAUAAAAAACAAAAGAAAGAAAAUAAUGUUCAGUGUAACAAUAAUGCAACUGUCACUGAAAUUAAUGACUUCGGAGGAGCUCCAACAAUUUCCGAAUUAAUGAAGAAGUUACCUUUCCAUGCUCCUGGAGAGAAUUAUAAAAUGGAUGGCUAUGUUGUUACACCCAAUACUAAAAAACUAUUAGAAGAGCAUUUAAAAAUAACUGGUGGAAAGGUUCGUACACGGUUUCCUCCAGAGCCUAAUGGCAUCUUGCACAUUGGUCAUGCUAAAGCAAUUAAUAUAAACUUUGGAUAUGCAGCAGCCCAUGAUGGCCUUUGUUUCCUGAGGUAUGAUGAUACAAAUCCAGAAAAGGAGGAGGAGAAAUUCUUUGUUGGAAUCAAAGACAUGGUGGAGUGGCUAGGUUACAAACCUUAUAAGAUAACACAUUCUUCUGAUUACUUCAACCAAUUGUAUGAAUGGGCUGUUAAGUUGAUUAAUAAAGACUUAGCUUAUGUCUGUCACCAGAGAUCUGAAGACAUUAAAGGUUUCAAUCCACCACCAUCGCCUUGGCGUAAUAGACCUAUCGAAGAAAGUCUUCAACUGUUUGAGGAUAUGAAAAAUGGCAAGAUUGAUGAAGGCGAUGCUACUCUAAGAAUGAAGAUAACACUAGAAGAAGGUAAACAGGACCCUGUCGCAUACAGAAUAAAGUUCAAGCCUCAUCACAGAACGGGGAACAAAUGGUGUAUUUAUCCUACAUAUGAUUAUACUCACUGUCUAUGUGAUAGCAUUGAACAUAUAACACACUCUUUGUGUACCAAGGAGUUUCAGUCAAGAAGGUCAUCAUACUAUUGGCUAUGCAAUGCCCUAGAUAUAUAUUGCCCUGUGCAAUGGGAAUAUGGCCGUUUGAAUGUCAAUUACACUGUCGUCUCAAAGAGGAAAAUAGCGAAACUGAUCGACGAACGGAUAGUCAAUGAUUGGGACGACCCGCGCCUGUUCACUCUGAGCGCGCUCCGGCGGCGCGGCCUGCCGUCUGCGGCCGUCAACUCGUUCUGUGCGGCGCUGGGAGUGACGGGCGCAGUGGGGGCCGUCGACCCGGCGCUGCUCGAUGCGGCCGUGAGGGACCAGCUUAACACCACUGCACCUAGAGUAAUGGUUGUUUUGGAUCCGUUAAAAGUCACGAUAACAAACUUAAAGGACACUCAGAUGUCAGUGAGUGUUCCUGACUUUCCCAACGAGCCGGAGAAAGGUUCCCACAGUGUGGUAUUGGGACCUGAGCUCUACAUCGAGGCAAGUGACUUCAAGGAGCAGUCUGAGAAAGGGUAUAGAAGACUUACACCGACACAGACAGUGGGCUUGAGACAUGCCGGAUAUAUUUUAAAGGUGGAAAAAGUAAUAAAGGAUAGUAAUGGAAGAGUCACGGAGAUUCAAUGUCAAGCAUUGUCAACUGAAAAAAGUGAAAAACCUAAAGCUUUUGUUCACUGGGUGUCGGAACCUGUCACCGUUGAAGUUAGGCUUUACGAGCCCUUAUUCAAACAUAAGAAUCCAGAAGACUCCACGGAGGUUCCUGGAGGGUUCCUCUCAGAUUGCAACGUGGACUCUCUCUCCAUAGUGUCUGGGUUUGCUGAUAAAUCGCUAUUGAACGUGAAGCCCUUUGAUAAGUUUCAAUUCGAGAGAAUUGGCUUCUUCUCGGUGGAUCCCGAUACAACUGACAAACAUGUUGUGUUCAACAGAACAGUCUCCCUUAAAGAAGAUACUGGAAAGUGACAUAUUAUAUGAGCACUUUUGUAACAUUUUGAUAUAUGUACCUACUUAUAAAGAAAUAAUCAAAUUAAUAUAUUUAUGAUUUCAAGAGAA